AUGCUGGAUGACGACUUCCAAUCUUACCAUGAAGAAGCUAUUAAGUAUGGAUUUAACCAAGUACCUUUCUCAAAAGUAAAGGCCAUAACUUACAAUAAAUCAAAUUGGAAUAUCUUCCAAUACAAAACCCGUUUCCGAGGGCCCACAACAUCAGUAGACAUAAAUAAACAAAAAAUUCAAAUCCUAAGUGAUAACAUACUACAAAAAGCUUUGAGGAAGAAAAUCGCUGAGGAAAAACAGGGAACAGAAGAAAAAACAGGUAAGAGGGUAAUAAAAGAAAAGCAGGAAAUACAGGAAAAAUUGGUAAGACAGGAAAUACAGAAAAAGCAGGAAAGGCAAAAAAAGAUGGAAAGACUGGAAAAGCAGGAAAUAAAGGCCAGGGGCGCUGACUCUGAAGAAAAUUGUGGAGGGGACCUACUACUACCUCAACUACCGCAAAAGUAUUAUAAAAGUUAA